CUCGGGUCCUCCCUCCUGCCUUUCACAUGAUCUCCAGGCUUGAACACAGAGACAGGAAUGUGGAUAAGAGCGGCUGGCUCGAUGGCUGGUCCCUGCGCCGCGCUCCUGCUCUCCACUGUGGCCAUCUGCCUUCCAGCCGUCCACGGUAUCCUCGGAAUCCCCUGGACACAGGAAAAGUUCAGCCACAGAGCCAUCACCCUAACGCAGGAUGAGAUCUGCGCGGCUCUGUCUCACACUGAUCUGGAGCAGAUGUGGCAGAGGGACCUGAGGCCGCUGCUGGUCGUCAGGUAUCCGGGGUCCGAGGGCAGCCAGCUGGUGCAGGACCAUGUCAAAGCAACCUUCGGCUCCCUCGGGGCCGGCUGGGAGGUGACAGAGGAUCGGUUCGUGUCGCAGACGCCGUACGGCCCCCUGUCCUUCACCAACCUGAUUGCCACCCUGAACCCGUCGGCGGAACGCCGCCUGGUCCUGGCCUGUCACUACGACUCCAAGUACUACCCGUCGCAGUGGCACGGCCGCGAGUUCCUGGGAGCCACCGACUCGGCCGUCCCCUGCGCCAUGAUGCUGGAGCUGGCCCGAGCCCUGGAUGAGGAGCUGAAAGCUCAGAAGGCCUCCAGUCCAAACCUGACCCUGCAGAUGAUCUUCUUCGAUGGAGAGGAGGCUCUGCAGCAGUGGACCGCCACAGACUCCCUGUACGGCUCUCGCCACCUGGCCAGGAAGAUGGAGGGUACGCCGCACCCGCCCGGAGCCACCGACACCAACGAGCUGGACGGCAUGGAUCUGUUUGUGCUGCUGGACCUGAUCGGGGCUCCCAGUCCUCGCUUUGGCAGCCAGUUCCCCAACACGACGCCCUGGCUCACCAGAUUUCAAAACAUAGAACGGCGUCUGCACUCGAUGAAUCAGUUCGUGGAGCAUCCCGAAAGCGUGGAGUAUUUCUGGCCCGACCGCCGCGUGGCCCACGUGCUGGACGACCACAUACCGUUCCUGAACAGAGGCGUGCGGAUCCUGCACCUCAUCCCCUACCCCUUCCCCUCGGUGUGGCACUCGUUCAACGACGACGAGGAGAACUUGGACCGCGCCACCAUUCAGAACCUCAACAAGAUCCUUCAGGUUUUCGUUCUGGAGUACCUCAACGUCAGACCCGCCGUCCCCGACAGCCCGCAGAACAUCUGAACCCACCACCGCUUCACUUCUUUCUCGUGUAGCUGUAGUAAAGAUGGUUAGCUGAAAGAGAAGACUGCAUUCGCCCCUGUUUAUAUGAAAACACACAUGUGGCUCGAGCUCUUUGAAGGAGGGAAUCUGUAAAAAAAAAAACCCUGUGAAUUCCACCACUGUACAUGGACAACAUACAUUUCCUGACAAUAUCUACGUCCGAAAGUACA